AUGACACCAUCGACCCAACCCACUACGAGCCUCGCUCAGGAUUUCACCGCCCACUACGAUUCGGCAAUGAAAUACUAUGGUUACGUAUACAGAGGCGACACCCGACAACAGCGACUCGAGGAUUGCUUGAACGAGACCAGAGCUGCUCUCAACGAUCUCGAGAAGAUGCUUACUCAGCCUGGAUCCACCCUCACCGCCUCUCUGCAGACUCAGCUCACCGCCCUUACCAGGUACGAGACCUGGUUGACCGCCCAGUACCCCGCUUUGGCACAAAGCAGCAACAUCCGAUCGGGACAGAGCCGGUUGUCGAGGUUUUCUGUCGGUCUGGCAAGUGCGAAAAAAGCAUACGGCCUGAUCAGUGGAGGAGACGAAAGGGAGGAGCAGGUCAACCACUGUCACUACUGGGCUGAAAAGGCGGGACGAGCCCUUGCUGGCAUGAUCCUGGAUGGCAUGCCGUUCUCGACGGACAUGCAGGAGACAUACGGUCGGCUGGAUGGCAUCAAGCGCGUUUGCGUGGACAAGAAAUCCAAGUAUGGCGUUCAAGCAUCAGACGCAGAUCCGACUCACCUCAUGCAGACGCUUCUCACGUAUUACCUCAGGUCUGAGGCCACUCGCAAGAUGAUCGAGGAAGGCAAGGUCGAGCCAAAGGCGAGCGAGGUUGAGAAAGCCAAAUUCUCGGCCCAGCAAUCGCCACGUUACCGGCAGUGCCAGGUCCAGGCGGAGAAGGGCAGGGACGCCAUGGACAAGCUGCUCGAGAUGACGCGGAGCUUCAAGUCAUCGGCGGAGAUGGAUGAGUACUACAAGAGGCUGGGCGUGACCGUGGAAGAGAUGAUGAAUCGGGCUCUGAACAAGACGAUUGCGUCGCUCAGUAUUGGCUAG